AUGGUGUCUGAACAGGUGCUGCAAGCCCCCUGCAUGUCGAGAAGCUAUGACGGCCGCCAUGCGAUGCAGGCGAUGCAAGCAAUGCCCGCAGGACAAGCGCCAGGACAAGCCGUCCAAGCUGCAGCAAAUGGGCAAGUGCCAGCGGCUUUGUUUGGCAGGAGGCUCCGAUCUCCCCCAAGCUCGUCCGCAGAGGCCCAGGUGUCAAAGCCCAUCUGGAUCAUUGAAGAGGUCAUCAACUUCGAUGCGGCCGAAGAAGAGGCAGACUACGACAGCUUUGAGACGGUUUGCCACCCCAAGAUGUUUCCAAACGGACUUCUUGGAGGCUGUGUCCUGUGGAAUUGCACCGAAGAGGACGAACUACAAAGGAAGAAAUCGUGA